AUGGCCGACAAGGACAAAGCCGCCAAAUAUCGAACGGAGAUCCAGCAGAUGAUGUUCGUCUCAGGAGAGACUGCCGAAGCCGCUCCUGAAACCACCACCCUGAUCGAAGCCAUCGUCCAGCAGCAAGUCGUCGAAAUGCUCACGCGCGCAACCGCCCUGGCCGCUCGUCGUGGUGUCCGCAGCAUCAACACCGACGACCUCAUCUUCCUCAUCCGUCACGACCGCGCAAAAGUCUCCCGUUUACGAACUUUCUUGAGUUGGAAAGAUGUCCGCAAAUCUGCCAAAGACUCAGACGACAAGGGCGGCGGCGGUGGUGGAGGAGGUGACGACUUUGCCGACAUCGACGUUGGUCCUGCGAACGACCCAACUCUGGCUACCGCCGGUCCUUCGGUCGGCACAAGGAAUUCGAAAACAAAAAAGGCGAAAGUCGGUCUACCAUGGGAUGUCUCGAGUUUCUACCAAGAGCAGGUCCCCGAACGAGAGGACGAGGAAGACGAAGAUGAGGAAGAAAUGACAACUGCGACCAUGACGCGACUCAAGAAUGCUGAUGACCGCACCAAGAACAUGACUCCUGAAGAAUAUCUACACUGGAGUGAAUGCCGUCAAGCCUCCUUCACCUUCCGCAAAGGCAAGCGCUUCCGUGAAUGGGCUGGUUUUGGCGUCGUGACAGACAGCAAGCCAAACGACGAUAUUGUCGACAUUCUUGGCUUCUUGACUUUCGAAAUCGUUCAAACCCUGACCGAAGAGGCACUAAGAGUCAAAAACGCUGAAGACAUACAACGGAGGGAAAGUGGCGGCGAUGAAGACCAACAACGGAGAAAACGCAUUCGACGAGAACCUGGCUUGUUCGACCCACCUGAAGAGGCGAGAACUCCGGUCAAUACCAAGCACAUCACAGAGGCUUUCCGACGACUACAAAGACCUGAUGCCAAGAGUCGAUACAUGAGCCACAUUCCUGCUGGCAUCAGGAGAACGCCAUUGAAGCUGAUUUGA